AAGGCGGGGCACGGCCGGGGCUCCCGCACCUGGCCUCCGCCCCACCUCAGGCCCCCUUCUGCGGUGCUGGACGAAGGAACCCUGGCCCCGGCUUCCUGCAGGCUGGGAUCAGGGCCCCCCGGGGUUCCCACUGUCUCGGAGUGGGCAGAGCGCCGGGGGCGUGGCCUGGCGCCGGGGGCGGGGCCUGGAGGCCGGGGGCGGGGCCUGAAGGCCGGGGUGGGGCCUGCGCUCACUUCCGCCCGGCGCACAGAUCGGAUGGAGGCGGCGCGGAGGCCGCGCUUGGGGCUGAGCCGUCGGAGGCCGCCCCCGGCGGGCGGGCCUUCUGGUGACCGCCCCUGGUUUCUCCUGGGGGGUGAUGAACGGGAGCGUCUCUGGGUCGAGCUGCUGCGCACCGUGAGCCCAGAGCUGAGCCUGGAUCAGGAGCUGCCUCCGCUGCCCGCCUUCCCUGGACAGGAGCGCAGCUGCAGCCCGGGACCCACUGAAAUCUUCACUGUGGGACCCAAGACCUUCUCCUGGACGCCCUUUCCGCCGAACCUGUGGGGCCCCGGCCGCUCCUACCGGCUGUUUUGCAGGGCAGGAGGGCACCUGGAGUCCCCCGACAGGUCCGCUUCCCAGCACCCGGCACCUGAUCCUUGCCGGGCACCCAGCGUGGAGCCGCCGCCGUCUGCUGGGGGGGCCGCGACCCUGCGCAGCUGCCCUAUGUGCCAGAAGGAGUUCGCCCCCAGGCUGACCCAGCUGGAUGUUGACAGCCACCUGGCCCAGUGCUUGGCCGAAAGCACAGAAGAUGUGAUGUGGUGAGCGCCUUCCAGGGAGCCAAGUGCUGUGUGCGAUGGCCGGACACGCCCUCUCCCGCCAGAAGCCCCUCCUCCCAGCUCUCCAGCUUGGCAUUAAAGAAGGCCGUGCACCUGCCUGUUGUGAUGAAA